CACAGUUUCAACACAGGUUGGAAACAGAAGACCCGCCCACCUAUGAGUCAGAAGGAUCCGUGAGGUCUAUUAAAAUGACAGCUCAAGCCUGUCCACGUCAACAUAGAAAUACACCACCAUGGACUUCAUGGCUCUGGAACCUUCUCUCUAUACAGUAAAAUCUGUUUUCAUUCUUGACAAUGAUGGAAACCGACUCUUUUCUAAGUACUAUGACACCGAGCUUUACCCCUCCAUGAAGGAACAGAAGAACUUUGAGAGUAACGUCUUCAACAAAACACACAAAGCUGACAAUGAAAUAGCCUUCCUAGAGGGGAUGACUAUUGUUUACAAAAGCAGCAUUGACCUCUUUUUCUACGUGGUGGGCAGCGCUCAGGAAAACGAGCUCAUGCUGAUGUUGGUUUUAAACUGCCUGUUUGAUUCGCUCAGCCAGAUUCUGAGGAAGAACGUGGAGAAGAGAUGUCUGCUGGAAAACCUUGAUGGAGUUUUUCUGGUGGUAGACGAAAUCAUAGAUGGAGGGGUAAUCUUGGAGAGUGACCCCCAGCAAGUCAUUCAGAAAGUCAACUACAAGGUGGAUGAGAACCCCCUGUCUGAGCAGAGUGUGGCUCAGCACAUCUCACAGAAACUGGCAAUGACCUCAACAGUUCUGCAGUCUGCAAAGGAGCAAAUUAAAUGGUCAAUACUAAAAUAAAAUAAAAACUUUGGAGCGGUAGGAGAGAACCCAACGUCAUUGUUCAGUUUGACAUAACGGCAUAACGUUUAUACAUUAUUGGAUCCAUACACAGGGUUUGUGGCACUAGGCCUACUUCAGACGGAUGUUAUACGUUAUUAUUAUUAUUAUUAUUAUUAUUAUUAUUAUUAUUAUUAUGUUUACAAUCUGCUGACAUUUGUGCAUUAUAUAAGGCUACCUUUGGAAUUUGGAAGUUACAAAGCAAUGCCCCAUAUAUCCCUGUUUGCUUUCUGUGGACGCUUUAAAUGUUUUAUAACGUUUCCAGCCUUCCUGUACAUUCCACAGUGCUGUUUCAUGUUAUUAAGCUAUUAGCAGAUUUAGCUUUUAAUUCUUGAAGAAUCACGUGUUAGCUCCCUGUCCUCUUAUAUGUACAAUUUUUCAUAAUGUAUUUUUUUUGUAAUGCCAAAGAUGGAACAUAUUUAUUUUCUGUGACAAUUGUGAAAUUAAAUAUUUGUUCUGUUUAGAGCAAUUAACAAACUAUCAAACAAAACAAUUUUCCUUUUAUUGAAUGUGCCAAACGAAUGUUAUAGGCCUAAACAAAUAACAUAGUCGCUUCAAUAAUCCAGAGAGAAGCGCACGUGGCAAUGUAAUGUCGGAUAAAGCGUUAAAGCCUGCGAAUCUUGUGGUCACGUUUAAAGGCCACCAAUUUAGUAUCGCUGUUUCAUCAUUUUGGUGAACAGCUCUUCGUGAAGGUAAAUAUUGACCAAAAUAUGAAUGUAAGAUCAAGGGAAUACUGAACUACGUAUGCAUUGCACUGUCUCGCCAGAUAUCUUCACUUUCAUCCUUAUUUAUUUAUUCAUAGCACCACAAAGAUUUUAAGAUGUUUGGACGGACGGGCGGUGAGGGCAUCCUGAAUUAAAGCUUUUGAAAAAUAAAUACAUUUUACACCUCGACAAUUCCAUGCCUAUGGGAUGCAAAAGUUGUCAUGUCAUUUUAACUUCAACUCUCAAUGUCAAAAACUGACAUUCUCAGCAAUCUUGUUAUAGCCUAAGAAUGACGCGAAGGUAAAUCCCGAAGUUGUGUUUUGUGUAAUUUUACGUAGGUUUACAUAGCCUACUGCUUUUCGGAGGACAUUUUUGACAUUGGAAUUGAUGUAAGAUUUUAGUCGGCUCCCGUUUGUUGCUAAGUAGCCUUGUUCUGGUCGGAUUUAUUAAAAUUGUAAAUAAAUUCCCGUCAUAUCAGGAAAGAAAAUUGACGCCAGAUAGCCUAUAUUUAAAUAUGUUUUAUCGUAAACUUGUAUUUAUGUAACCCUGUUUUGUUCAAUUUCAAUGUAAGUAUGUUCAUUCCAAAGCACUAAAAAUGUAUGUUUGUUUACUAUGGAACGGGCCUUUUCAAUCACACUAAAACAUUUUUAAAAAUCACCAACUGUGCAGGCUAUAAGCUCCUUUACUGUCAACAAUUAAAGACUGGUUAACUACGA